AUGGCGGCGCCUCCCUCCUCCGCGAGCCCCGCGCCGCUUUCUGCCGCGGCGCCGCUACUGCGGCCUGCGCCACGCCCCUCCUCGUCUGCCGCUCUCGCGUCUUCCGCGGCGGCCGCUUCGCCGCCUCUCUCUUCGUCGCCGCCUUCCUCCGAAGUGCUUGCGGUGUGCAUUCAGCAGCUCAACGAGGAGUUUCCGACGCUCGAGUCGCUGGCGUCGCUGGACGCAAAGAUUGCCUCGCUGCAGGCCUACCUCCGGGCGCUGGAUAAGGACAUUCUCGUGGCAGUCAGAGAGCAGGCACGGCGUUCGUCGUCUGCGUCGUUCGCCCCCGCGUCGGCGGCCUCCGCGCCGGUCUCGCUGGAUGCGUUUCGCGCUCGCGUCAAGGCGCUGUCCUCGAGUUUCCACGCGAUGCGCGCGAAGACGGAGGCGAGCGACCGCAAAGUCGCCAAAAUCUGCUGGGACCUGCAGCGUCUCGCGCUGGCCAAGAAGAAUCUCACGCUCUCCAUCUCCUCCCUCAAGCGCCUGGUGAUGCUAGUCACUGCCCUCGACAAGCUUCGCGUCGCCGGCAAGAAUCGGAAGUACGCCGAGGCUGCGCAGCUCCUCCUUGCGAUCAACAACCUCGUGGGCACCUUCGAGCCCUACAGGGACCGCGUGGAACGCAUCGGCCUGCUCCUUAGCGAAAAGGAACUCCUCUGUCGCUCGCUGCAGCAGCAGCUGAUCGAGGACUACCAAGCGGUCUUCGAGGAAGACGCCUGCACCCUGCCAGCCUCCGCCGCGCUCUUCCGCGAGCCCCCCCGCGCGGCGGGUGUUUAUACACCCGCCGCCGAGGAGAAGAGCAGCAACCCGUUCGCGGCGGAUCUUUCGACGGGGGCGGGAGGGGGAGGGGGAGGCGGGGCUGCGGACCGGGGUGGCCUUCUGGCGUCCUUGGGUGCGUCUGCGUCGCCGUUCGCGCCCAACGAGCGCAGCGACGCGCUGCUGUUCCUCGAUCCGGCGCAGCGGGAGGCGCUGAAGGAAGCCCCUCUGGCUGUCGAGGUGCUCGGACCUGCCGUCGUCCGCGACGCUGUGCAACUCGUCUGCCACUCUCUGCUGUUCAACUACAAUAAACUCUUCCGACCCAACACUGCGGCGAUCUUCGGCGGCGACGCCCUCGAUGGUCGGAAGAGCCAGGCGGACGCGCAGGGCGCUGCGGGCCUCGAAGUCAUCGACCGGCGCUUCGCCUGGCUCAAGCGCACCAUGCGAGAGUUCGAGGGCAAGCACGAGUCGCUCUUCCCCGCCAGGUGGCGCGUGAAAAUGCAUCUCGCCACGCUCUUCUGCCGAGUCACCAAGCAGCACUUCGUGGACAUGCUGAGUUGUUCUCAGCACACGGUGGAUCCGAUUUUGUUGAUCAGGCUGUUGCACAAGACCGUGGAGUUCGAGUUAUCGCUGGACGCGAAGUUCCGACACGAAGAGAGUGCGCUGGAGAUGAUGAAGGAUCUCGAGAACGACCGGAAGUCUUCGCUGCUGGACGCGUCCUCCGCGGCGGCCUCGUUGCAGUACUACGACCAGGUCUUCCCCUCUGCGCAGAAUUCCUCCUCUUCCGGCUCGCUGAAUCCCUUCGAGCUGGAUAAGAGCGACGCGCCGCCGCCCGGAGGACCGACGGGGGGCAGGGAGCGCGAACGCCGCGAGGAAGAAGAGGAGAAGGAAGAGGCCUUCCAGCUCACCUGCUUCCACGGGUUGCUCUCGAGCGUGUUCGACCCGUUUCUCUUCCGGUGGGCGGAGUUCGAGGAGCAGCAACUGGUCGACUUCUUCUCUGCUGCGCUGGUCUCCGACAAACUCGUGCUGCACGCGCAAUACGCUCCCGCGAUCGUCGCUUCGGCCUUCUCUGAGAUCGACGCAGAGGAUGAGAAGCGCCGCAGGGGGCGAGCGCUGGAGCUUGAGCAACGCGACGGCGGCGCGAACGCCGACGACGUCGACGACUUGCUCGGCGAAGAAGAAGAAAGCGACGUGUGCGUUUUCUCCUCCGCCAGCGAGAUCCUCAGCGCAUGCAAGAAACUCUUCGACAAGGCGAAGGCCGUUAGCAGAGGCCAAGCCAUCAAGGAAAUCGCGCUCGUCCUCCAGAGGCUCUUCAAGAAAUACGCCGGCGUCCUCAAAAACCGACUUCCGGCUUCGAAGCAGUUCGCGUCACCACCGUCUCUGAGCGACCUCGCGGCGCUCUUCCCCUCUGGCGCUUCUGGCGAGUCGCUCGCGGCGCCGGGUGCGUCUCUCUCGGCUGCGUCCUGCAGCGUCUCCGCCGCCUCACCGUUCCUCCUCGCAUGCGCGACAGUGGGCACGAGUGUGUAUGUGGAGGCCUCGCUGGAGCGGCUGAAGGAGAAUCUGUCGAAGGCCCUCUUGGAGGCGAACGCGCCGGAUAAAAACGCGAUUUCCUCGCGGAGCUCGGCCGAAGACCUCGCUGACGGCGCCGGCACAGAAGCCGACGAGGCCCAGGAACUGAAAUUCGAAGAAGUGCACGAUCUCCUGUGGACCGUCCAGUCGUCGGCGAUCUCCCUCCUCGUCGCGUCGUUCAACUCUGCGAUUUCUUCUUCUCUUUCUUACAUGCUGGCGGAGGGCUCGAAGAAGGCCAGCGCGGCGUCGCGCGAAGAGCGCGAGAGCGAGGCCAGAGGCUGUCACGCGAACAUCUCUUCACUGCAGCGCCAACUCGAGCGCGGCAUGGCUGUCGCCAGUCUUUUCCUCAGCGCGACGCUCUGCCGCUUCGUGUGGGAUAAGCUUGCGCAGGCUGUCGUCUCGAAGGUCCACGCGCAGCUCGCGCAGAUCAAACAGCUGGCGCCGGCGGCCGCGGAGUCUCUGCUGCGAGACGUUGAGACCUUGCACGCCGCCCUCCUCGACUUGCCGGCGUCGGCGUAUCUCGGCGGCGAGGCGAACGGCACAGAGAAGCUCGGAAAAAACCGAAAAAAGAAAUUCCAAAUGCCCGCAGGGUAUGAGAAAUACGUCUCGCGGGAGAUGGAGCGCGCGGAAGCGCUUCUCCGCGUAGCUGCCUAUCCGCCGGAAGACGAGGUUGCGACUGUUUCACAUGGAGCGACGUCUCUGUUUGGGCGAUCGCAUUCGUCGUCUGCGGUCCCAAAGGUUGAGAAGACAACAGUUCUCCCGAUAAAAGAGAGCAAACUGUUUUCUUCUUCCUCUUUCUCGUCGUCCGCGCCUUCCUGUGCUUCGUCUUCUUCGCCGUCUUCGGGGUCUUCGGCGCCUUCGUCCUCUCUCGCGACCUUUCACUCUUCGUCCUCGCCCUUACCUUCCCCAUUCGCUGCGUCGUUCUCUGCAGCGCCGCCGCCGGUUUCCGCUUCUUCACCCUUCGCGCCGCAGGCCUCCAAGCGCGAGGAGGACUCUGAGACCAGCGACGCCGGCAGAGAGGGCGUUGGGUCGCCGGACACGAAUCCCUUCUCCGCGCCCUUCGCUACUUCGUUUUCUUCCUCCUUCUCGCCUGCGCUCGCUUCGGUCCCUCUAGGGGGCUUCGACGCCAGGAGGCACUCAGAAAAGGAGAGUGACCGGAAGGAGGAGAGAGGCACUGGAGGCGCGAUGCUGCCUCUGCAUGCGCUCGGCGACACGCUGAGAGAACAGGGCCUGAAGGCCGCGGGAGAUGUCAAAAAACUUAUCACAGGGGCGCGACUCUAG